GACAAGACGGUAUUCUGCCAUUUUUGACGAAAGAAUACAGGCACAGUCGUUCGUACGUGUUAAUAAAUUACGUGCAAGUAUUGAAUGACUUAUUUCUCGAUUUCAUUAGAAUAUCGAGUAAUUAAUACACUGAAAUUCAAAAGUCAUAAUGGUGGAAUUUGGUUUGUUAUCAACACAUUUGAAGAACUGUUUCUUCAGGCUUCUGCGGCAGUUGAUAGACUUAGCUGUGUGGGUCCUAUUUGGUGUCUUACUAAGAGAGAAAAUCCACCCUAUUCCUCCUAUAAAAAAUAAAUUACUUCUGGAAACAGCAACAUCCUUAGCACUGAAAAUAAGAACAAGACAGGUACGGUGUGUUGAUGUUGUCGAAGCCUUCAUUAACAGAAUCGGGGAUAUUCAGCCUAUCUUGAAUCCUGUUGUUAGUGAACGAUUUGACGAAGCUAUUGAGGAUGCAAGACGAGUGGAUAGUUUUAUCCAAUCCGGUGCUAAAACGGUAGAAGAAAUUGCUAAAGAAACUCCUUUCCUUGGGAUACCUUUCACUACAAAGGAUUCAUUGUCAGUGAAGGGUAUGUGUUGAA